AAAGCUAAAUUCCCAGGAGGAAUUAAAGUUGACGAUAAAACAAUAAAGAGAUUAAUGAGAGUCUUUGAUAUUGAUAUGUCAGGAUCAAUUGGAUUCUUUGAAUUCCUUGCUUUAUGGAAUUUCAUGAACCUUUGUAAUGAAACAUUUAAACACUUUGAUGCUGAUAAAAGUGGAAGUCUUGAUGUCAAUGAAUUAAUCAAAGCUCUUCCAAUGCUUGGAUUCAAUUGCAAUAAGAGAUCAGUUGAUGUCUUAUUGAAAAUGAACGGUUCAUCAUUGGGAUCUAAGAAAGUUUCAAAGAACCAAUUCAUUAGUACUGCUGCUUAUCUUGGACAAUGCAGAAGUAUUUACCAAAAGACUUUCAAUAUGAAGAGAGAAGAAAUUGAUAAUGCUGAAUUCGAUAAGUUCGUUAAUUUAGUUCUUGCACUUUCAGGCUAAUUGCGGUAUUAAUUUACCUUCAUUGAACUCUC